CACUGGUCACAUGCAAAUCAUUUGAUAAAUGAUAAUCAUUGUUGUGAUACAGAGGAUAAUCAACUAUACAUAAUGUUCUUCAAAGUUGUCGUUCUUUAUAUUGUUGCAAUUUUCGCGGGUAUUUAUGCAGAUACCCCUGCAAACUGUACAUUUGAAGACGUCCAGGGCACAUGGACGUUCUAUAUCGGUGAAAAUGGCCACGACAAUACGAUAAAGUGUGAUGCAAGUUUCAAAAUUGUUGCACAAAUUCGCGUUCAUCUGCUGUUCCCAGACGUUGCGUUGGAUGAUAACUACAACAGAGGAUUCUGGACGCUGAUCUAUAAUCAAGGUUUCGAAGUUGUCUUGAAUGGUACAAAAUAUUUUGCUUUUUCGAAGUAUGUUGGAUCUGGAAGUGGUGCUGUGAGUUACUGUGAUCAGACGCUCCCUGGUUGGUCACAUGAUGCACAAGAUGUUAGUCAGAAUUGGGCAUGUUAUUAUGGUGAGAUUAUUAGCUCAAACAUUGCUCUUUUCAUGUGCCAAACAUAAUAGACAAUGACGUACGUAGCCAUUAUUUCUACUUCUAGUCAAGGGGGCUGUGAAAAUCCAAGAAAAAGCAGAAGCAAUUUUACCUUGCGGCUCAUGCUAGUUUAACCCUUUAAAUGGAAGUUUGUCGGUUAACCGAGUCAAGUUUGAAUCAAAUCUGAGCCUGAGUCAAAUGUCCAAGUCUGAGUCAAAUGUCCAAGUCAUAGUUUAAUCGAUGGUCUUUGUAGUUCAAUGACUUAGUACCCUAAUCCUAACCAUAAUCCCACGAUUCCCACUCCUAACUUACCCUAACCCUAUUCAACUGUGAAUUUUAUUCAAUUUUGGAGUUUGUCGGUGACUGACCGACUCAAAUCUGAGUUUGCGAGUCAAAUGUCCGAGUAACUGUUUAACUGUCUUUGCCGGUAAAAUGACUUGGUACCCUAACCCUAAACCUACUCCUAACACUAUUUGAUUGUGAAUUGUCUUUACUUUUGUCUUUUUUUACACGACUUGGGCGUUUGACUCAGGUUCAGGGCUGACUCGGACUUGGAAUUGACUCGGUAAAUGGAUUUACUCCUUUAAAUGGCAAUGUGCCAAGAUGCACCUACUUUAUUAUUUUAUGCACUAGUCAAUUCAAACCCCCCGGCCACAGAGGAGAGACAUACAGAGACGUAACUAAUGUACCCACUUUUUUUGUGUGCAUGCUCAGCAAGUUACUAGAUGCAUGCAUCUGAUUGGAUGAUGACCUGAUGAUGACUCACUUUAAACUUGCUGAGCAUGUGCAGUUGAUCAUUUUUUGCCCAGUCACCUGAAAAAAAGUGGGUGCAUGUAAAUGUAAGCUUCCGCAGUGUUUACAACGGUCAGUUACGGUUCUGUAUGUCUCUUCUCUGUUCCCCGGCCCCCGAGAUAGGCCGGAGAAAUUAACAUUUUGACAAUGUUAAAUUUUGGUAUUUUUUCUGCUACUGGGGGAAUAUUGACUGUUAAAGUUACCUUGCAAUCAGACGACUAUCUUGCAGUCAUCAUUUAAGAAAAACUAUGACAAAACAGACAAAAGUUUAUAAAUGCCACAAGGAUAAACUUGUUCCAGUCCACUUUCAUAUCAGCCGACUAUUGUCCUGGCUAAUAAAUUGACUUGUUAUUUACCCUGUACCCUGGGGGAAAAGGCCAUUCCACCGUUAUUUCCCCACCCUGACGCCACCGAUUGGUUAAAUAAAGUUUGUUUAUUAUGUGAAAAUGUAUUUGGACUCGCUUGCUGUCCAUGCAUGAUAUAGUACAAUGUCCUUCUAGGAUUAUAUGCCCUCCCAGGGAAAAUUAAUCACAAGCGAAUCCAGAACAUUAAAAACAUAGGAAGAUAUAAAAUUUCCAUCAUAAGAAAUGAAAAUAUAAUCCAUAUGCUUGUACUGGUCAGCAGGGCAGUGCCAAAUGAUUUUUGGUUGGGGGGGGGGGGUGAAAUAAAAAAUUUGGGCCCCUCCCAUUUGGGGGCCCCCUCAAAAAAUUUUUUCCAGAAACCAAAGAAUUUUUCUGGAAAAUACUGGGGAGGGGGAGGUCCCAAAAAUUUUUUUAAACACUACUGUAGGUUUAAAUAAAGAGGGCUUAAAUUUAGUUUUUAGAUCUUUUUAGACCAAUUUUCCAGAAAAUUUCUUAAUAUUUAACACGUUCUGCUUCCCAGGGCCCCCUCUCUGCAAGUUGGGCCCCUUUUUUUACUUUUCUUUGGGGGAUGGUUAAUACCCCCCCCCCCCAGGUGGCGCAGCCCUGCUGGUCAGAAUAUUUCCUGCGUCACUGCUGAUACAUUUUGAUCCCAUUAGAAUCAUGUUGGAGUGGUAUUAAAUCAAAUGUCGAACAUAAUUCAGGCCCUAAUUUUAGGGCCUGACACAAAACCUGUCUAGACCGUGGGGCACCUGCAUGUUAUUUUUAGACACAGUCGUGCAAUAUGGUUGACAAGUGUUGUGACUUCAUUGCACAAAAAAAUUAUAUUCUCACGAACAUGUCAGCAGAGUGUACAUUUUGCUUUUUAAUUAAACUUAAAUAUUCAAGCUACUUUUAUAUAAUUAAAAGUUCAGUUUCUCUAUUUAACCGAACAGCAAACAAAUAUUUAAUUAGUCAGUUCUGUGCAAGGCUUGAAUGCCAAGCUUUCUCAAGCCUUGAGUCAAGGUCUCAACUUCCUGGAUGUGGAUAUAUUCUAACAGGCUAACAACAGCAACAACGUAAUUCUCAAUCGUGCAACAAAGAAGGCGAUGUAGCUCAGAAAAGAAUGCCGGUUGGACCUGAUAAAUAAGACUUUUGCCGAAGCCAGUUGGCACAGAUUUUCUGGGGGGUGCGCACCCCCUCCCCAGAAAUGAUUUGUCCUCCCCCCCAGAGGCAUUUGAGUUUUUGCACCCCCGCAAAUUAUAUAUAUUUUGAUUUGAUAGUUUCAUAUUUGAUUAUUCUUAUAUUACUUCUAAAUUUGUAAAAUUACCAAUAUUAUAGUCUCAGAUCUCGCCAUGCAGGCCUAGAAAACAACUGUUGUUAAACUUUCUCCUUGGCCUUUCCGGGCGUUGUGACCACGCCCCGGCCAAAGCAAGCAGCAGCACCUGCCCCCCCCCAAAUAUUUAUCCCCCCGCCCGAACGAAAAUAUGAAAAUCCGUCUCUGGGCUGUCAACAAGCUUUCGAAUACAUGACUAGUUUUGCUGUUCUUUCAGCGUUGUGUGUCCAAACUUCGUCAAAGACUUUGAUAAAGCCCUUUCAAAAUACUUUUUGAUGAAUUUAUUUUCUGCCAUAAAGCAUGAAAGAAAAGAAAUUCGAUAAUGUAAAGUUUGAUACAUACAUUUGACCUUAAUUUCUGCCUAUUUUUAAAACUAUUGUUUAUCUGAACUUGCAACCAAUCAAAAUCUUUCAUGAUGCUGAUCAACCAAUCACCAGAUGGACGGGAAUCCCACAGUUUAGACGGGUUUUGUGUCAGGCCCUACUUAAAAUUAGGGCCUGAACUUCAGGUUAGUUAACCCAUUAAGUACAAGCACUCUACCCGUGAUGAGUAAAAUCGUCGGGCGUUUGACAGAGUAAAAUAAUAAAGUAGGGCGGAUCAGUCGCAAUGUGCCUCAAUAGGUUAAAUUAUCAACAUUGUCUAUUGUAAAUUGUAGUGUUCAUUAAAUUUGUUUUUAUACUACCAUUGCUAUUUUGCAGUGACUGCUAAUUUAAAUUCUCAUACCCAUAGCUCAUGCAUGUACUGUAGGUGUGGAUACAAGAGUCGGGUGCGCUUAUGAGCAAAAUUUUAUAGGUGCAUGCGCCUAUAAAAAGUCUAAAAUGUUUGCAAAAUUGCAGAAAAUUUGAUUAUGGGCAUUGUGCUGAUAUGCAGGGCAAUAGGGUACCUGUCUGUGCCAGUGUACAGUAGGUGUUGCCAAUGAUAAGAAUAAGCUUUCAAUGGCAGGGAUGCAACUACCUGAAAAAUAUAAGGAGAAUUUCGACGUUGUGAGAGAUUUUGCUGUGUUGGUGUAAUGUACUCGGUGAAUAAGAUGCUUGUGUGGUGUUACUCUGAGUGUAAAUCCAUACCGGGCAGGCUUGAAAAAUAUCAUGCCUGGCCACGGUGGAAUCGAACCUACGACCUUUGGGCUAGUAUUCCAAAGGUUGUGAGAGAAGGUGCUUCGUACCUCGAAGGUACUAGCACAAUACUUUGCCUUUGGGCUAGUAUACAACAAUACUUUGGGCUAGUACUUCGAAGGUACUAGCACAAUACUUUGGGCUAGCAUUCCAAAGGUUGUGAGAGAAGGUGUUUCGUCUGGAGUUACUAGCCAAGUAACUCCAGAGUCCAGACGAAGGGCCUUGGCUUGAAAUGUUGGAAUUCUUCUUUUCAGGAGGUUGCAUCACUAUCAAAGAAAGCUUGUUCAUAAUAGGCUAACUGUCAAUUGCUUAAUCUAUAAUCAAAUGUUGCUCUUGUGUAGCACUUCAUAAGGCAAUUGCGUUUGGUGCAUGAGAUGAGCGACAUUUGACUGGGCCUAACUUGCAGGCAAUUCUAUUUUAUAUCAAGAUGGAGAUCGCUGACGUUUGGCCCCAACCCCAUCCGAAUUUUUCCAUUUUCUGUUUCGCGGCCAUUCACGCUAUGUUAGGCCUUUGUUUGUCAAUUUUGGACUCUCCUUUAUCCCCCGUGGCAAUCUAAGACCAUUGGCAUUACCCAUGUUGAAAAGUAUGUGGGCCUGCUGGACCUAAUACUGUAUAAGCGAUCACUCCAUUUCACAGAAUGAAAAUACUUUAGUUCAAUUCUAUGAAAAUAUGUUACUGUACUGUAUUUUGUUGAAGGUAGCUCAUAUAAUUUUUUGUGGUAUUGACUCACAUUGAUCUUUCCAUUGAUCAUGUCACAGUGCUUUGUGAUACCCCCUCCUAUAUGUGUACACAAAUUAUGUGGUGCUCAGGGGGUUAAGGGUGUUUGAACAGACUGUAACAUGUCAUAAGGCCGGGGCAUGCUUCUAAAUCUUUCUUGAUCGAACCCUUACUCAUAAGGCAACCUGUUUGCAGGUUACAAAAUCUUAGUGAAAUUCCUUCCACAAAUUCAAAUUUGGGAGAUGCCUUAGCGCAAAGAAGGCAGGCGCCUUAACCUCUUGACUACUGAGGAUUUACUUGAAGACAAAUGCAUGUAGAAUUUUCUUGGGCUCUUUUUAGCUUAUUGACAGAACAAAGUCAAAGAUCGAAACAAAUCACAUCUGGACAAAUCACAUUUGCAUGCAUUGUAGUAUCCGGUCGCGGACAAGUGUCCACUAUCAUUGUUUUUUCUUGAGUUUACUGGCAAGCAAGUUUCGUAGUAUAUGCGGCCAUAAUAGGUCCAACCCCAAAUAUGAUUUCUUGUGUAUGUGUGUGUAUUAUUUGGGUCAUUCUAGGAAUACAUGUUAUAUCUUUACAGUUAAAAAUCUCAUUUUCAUCAAAUUUGCACUCUCAAAGUUUUUGGAUAUGAUGUGAGUCAAUGAAUUUUUGAAGCGAAAACUAAUUUACAAAGGAAACUAAUUUACUAUUCAUCGAAUGACAUACAUCUGGGAACUUUUACAGUGAAAAGGUUGAUCAUGAUGAGAUUUCUUAUACGGUAAAGAUAUAUAUAUAUACCCUUGAGAAAUUUUUCAGUUCUGUUUCAUCCCACUUGCACGUUCGCCCCACAGAUUAUUUUGUGAACAAGUUCGGUUUUUUACGUUGCAACAUAGGUGCCCUGACAUCAGAUCUUUGCAUGAUUGUUUUAGGAAUGGUAACUCGAUCACUCUUAAUUGUGCCGCAGUCAAUGUAAAUCCCCCCCCCCGCCAACCGGGGAGGGGCGGGGAUUUAGCGGGGAAAGUGGUCAGUUUUGAUUGUAAAUUUGUCUCCGAUGGUGGGGGACUUGGACAUUAUUUUCUCUUUUGGUAGACGAAGCGGGGACGAAAGUGGGAGAAUGGAUUCAGUGGUUAACAUAUAUAUCCUGUCUUGAUGUUUUAAUUAAUCUUCUUUACAGGAAAAGUUUAAAUACAAUAACAUAAAUAAAUUUGAUUUUCUAUUGCUGAUCCAUGAAAUAUACAAAGUUAUUUUUCCAGGGUUGAGAGACAUGCGGGGACAUUGAUUAAUUACCCUUUCCCCAGGGGCGGGGACAAUUUUGCUCUUUUACUACCCCUCUAAGUCAAAAUCCCCGCCCCUCCCCGGUUGGGGAGGGGGGGGGGGUUACAUUGACUGGUGCAUUAACCUCUUUGGAGAAACCAGGUAAGCCGUUUCUCCCUGCUUCGAAAAGAAAUCAAGGUCUGAACCGCCAGAAAGCCCAUGAUCUCGAGCUUCAAUUUUGAAUGUCUGGUUUAUUCCAAGCUUGUUAUUCCAUUUUUCAUUUUUUAAUAAUAGCCUUUAACUGAAUAUUGUGCUCAGCCUCACAUUUAACACAUUGAGUGGCAGCACUCUCCCCUUGACGAGUAACAUUAUCUGGCUUUAGACAGAUGGCACCUCAGAGCGCUUUGCCACUUAAACGAUUAAACGUCAUUCCAAAGUUUCAGUUACAUGUAUAUAGCUUCAUAAAGUAUGGCAGGUUGUAAAAGAUAAAAACUACAUCUUAGAUUGUUAUGCUGUCAGUCAAAUUACUGCUUAUGCCCAUGCAUGCGAAUUUCGUUUUCGAAGAAAAAUAUACCAAGAAAAAAUGGAAUAAAUUAAGACAUGGACAAGGAAAUAUCAAGAAAAUGUUGGCAAUAUACUUACUGAAUACAUGUAUAUCUCAAUUAUGUGCGGGCGUCACAAAAUGUAUAUGAAGAAUACGUUUUUUAAAUGGAAAACAUUUAAAAGCCUUAGGAAAGAAAGAGGACUUUGACCUAUUGAGUGGCAGUACUCUCCCCUUAAAAAAUAAAAUCGCCCGGCGUUAGGCCAACUAAAAUAAUAAAGUAAUGUCCAUCAGAGCGCAUUGUCACUUUAAAGGCUGCGUUUUUCGUACAUAUACGUAAAACUUUGAGUCCUUCUAUUUUUUAAAUAUUUUACAAAUAAGUUAACAAUGCCCACUAAAACUUGAGGAACACUAAAUUUUGUUGCCUUAAUUAUUUAUUUGGUUAUAUUUCAUAAGUAACAGUUGUUGAAUUUUUUUAAAAUUCUAUUUGUGCUUGCAAUUUCUGGUUGUGCGUCUCGUCAAAUGUUUGCCCACAAUCGUUGCGAAUAUGAAAUUCCUUCUUAUCACUCAUUGUUAUUUAUUCACAGGGAAAAAAGCGCAAUCCAUUGCUCCCAAAUUUAGCAAUGCACCAUUACUGGCGUCAGCUUUAUACGAUAGACCAUAUAGGCCAAAUAAAGACUUCCUUGCUGCCAUCACCGAGAAACAGAAUUACUGGUUUCCCACAAUCUAUAAAGAGUAUGAAAAGUUGACAUUGAGAGAGAUGAUGUCCAGAGCUGGAGGACCAAAGACUUUCAACCCACCUCCCCCAAGGUAAGACAUAUACACCGUAAAGUGUUUACAUAUAUUGCCCCACAUACUGUAUACUUGUAUAUAUCAAGAUUUUGGGCAUCUCGUUCGUUUUGGUUUGCUCAGUAUUUUGAGUAAAGUCUCAAAUUUACCCUUUUUAAAAAAUAAUUUAAAGAUUUACUUUACUCAAAAAGUGAGUAAAUUUGCUCAUAAUUUUAAGUAAUUUUACUUUUGAGUCACUGUGGAUGCGUUAUUUUUCAAAAAAAUAACAUUAUGUAUACGUUAUAAUAAUAACUUUUUUAACGUUAUUAACGUUAUUAUAAUAACGUUAUGUAUGCGUUAUUUUUGAGUCAAAAAUAUAUUGCUAAUUUAGUGGUCAAUUCUGAUGGCGAUGAUGUGCAUGCAUACAUGAGUAUUUUAUAUUUUGAAAAAUACUCUUGAUUCCGAAACUGCGAUCGCUAGGGGUCAGAUUUGACUUCAAGGGACGUAAUCAAUCAGAUGCGUUUGAUAUAUCCGAUUAACCAAUCAGAUGCAUAUUAAGUUAUUGAGAGGUAGUUGUGGCGGUAGUGGAAGUCAAAUAUUAACUAUGCUUUUAGAAGAAGAAAGUAUAAAGAUUUUGCAACUAGGGACGGGUGACAUCUCUUCAAUUGGCCAUAUGAUUGUACUAUACAGUAGUACACACGUAAAAACGCACAAGUUGUUACCAGUCUGCAAACAAGUUGUUACAAAUAUGUUCACAAGCUGUGAACAAGUUGUCUUCGCACUGCUUGUCCCAAGUUGUUGUAACAAGUUUGGAACAAGGUGUUAACAACUUGUAGCAACUUGAUGGCAUCAGACUUGUUACAAGGUUGUUCUAACAAGUCUGAUACAGUCAUGAUAAACAAGAAUGUUACAAGGUUGACGACACAAGGUUGUAACAAUACUGCUAUAUCAUGACUGUAUCGGACUUGUUGGAACAACGUUGUAACAAGCCUGAUAAUAUCAACAAGGUUGUUACGAAUUUUUAACAGCUUAAACAUUUUGUAAACUAAAUUCAAGAAUUCCGAUUAUAAACAUUUACAAAAUAAAUGUUUAUAAUGAACGAAGGUGAAAGUUUUAGAAGAAGAAUUUUAACAGCUUGUUCUAAACUUGUUGACAACUUGUGACAAGCAGUGCGAAGACAACUUGUUGACGGCUUGUUGACAAACUUGUUACAAGAUGUGAGAUUUUUGCGUGUGUACCAUCUAACAUGCACGUAUCACUAUAAUAUAGCCCGAGCGAGUUACCGCUCUUUUGAACGUCUUGUUUUAGAUUAUUCUUCUCUGAAUGGCUCCAUACCGAGCAAGUUGAAAAAUUGUUUGAUUUCCGCCAAGGUCAAGCCAAUUUUCAGCUUGCUUGUCCGGUGUGCAUAGUCUAAAAUUUAUAUAUAUGUGUGUCAAACCAUAUGUAUAUCUGAUACCGUGAAACUGCUAAUUCAACUUCCGGGUUUCAUAUGACGUCACGUGGGGAUCAAAACUCAAAUCGCAAAAACCUCUAAGCGCGAAUAGAACGAUGGACAUGCAUACAGCAUGUGAUUCUUGUUUUGCAGUUGACAUAAUGGCGGUCAUGUUGGAGGAACGCUAACAAAAGAAUAUCAAUAGCAGCCAUUGUAUUUGGAGCGUUAUGCCUGCUGUGUUUGCCAAAACCACGGAAAUAUUUCCUGUGCACUUGUCAAGUUUUCCUUGACGGCCGUACAUAUGAACAAAAUUUUUGUCUCCAAAACCUGUCGAGGAAAGGUUGUCAACUUUUUGCCGUUAUAUAUCACUUGACUAGCAUGAAUACUAUAGACAUAUACUUAAGCCUGGUCCACACAGUCAUCCUGUCGGCGAUUUUUCUCCCCCUGGCAAAUGUGAUCGAAUGAUAUGUCAGAAACACGAAAUCGCCGACAAAAUUGGUAUUGUAAACCUGGCUUUAUAUUAAGCGAGACAUAACAACAUAGUCCUAACAUGUCGUGGAUAACGAAUUUUACAAUAUUUUGUGUGUUGGUGUGAUGUACUCAGGUGAUAAGAUGCUUGUGAUGUUACUCUGAUAGUAAUAUACAUAAAGAUAUUACUCGACUGUGAUUGGUUGAUUUCAGUGUAGUUAAUCCCAAACAGCAGUGCAAUUUUCUGUAAUCACAGUGCAAUUUUCUGUAAUCACAUGCAGUGCAAUUUUUUGUAAUCACAAUGCAAUUUUCGGUAAUCACAGUGCAAGAAUCUGUAACAAACUGAUCUGAUUGGUGGAAAAACAUUGUGAUGAGUAAAUCAACCAAUCAGUUUAAAGCAAUUUAGUUUAAAGAAGUAACGGUCACAGAUUGCUUCAAAGCAAAACAAACAUGGCGCCGCGCUACAUAAAGUAAAAGUUACCUUCGCGUGGAAAAUAUGAAAGGAAAAGCAUGUACCUUAAACAUGACUAACAAAAAUUACAUAGUUGAGUGGAAUUUUCAAGCUGUUAGCGUUGUUUAAUGUCAUAUAACAAAGCCAGGAAAACUUUGCAGGUGGAAUGUUCGCUAUGAACGCGUAAGUUAUUAAAACUACAAUUGUCUCGAACAUUUUUAUGUAAAUUAUUAAUAAGUAAUACUUGUAGCAUGGUUUCUCGUGAAAUUUGGAUAAACAUGCACUCGUAAGUUUUUCAAAGACCUCAAAUAGCAAUCGUCUUUCGGACUCGUGUUUUUUUGAGGUCUUUGAAAAACUCGCUCGUCCAUGUUAUAUCCAAAUUGCACUCGAAACCAUGCUAUUACCUAUACUAAUAAACACGCCCAUUGGCUUUUCGAGCUUAGUGGCCGAAUUUUUGACCGUCAGAGGACAACGCUAUUUGAAUUACAUGUAUUUAUUUUCUAUUUAGACCCAUCAAGAAAAAAGACCUUCAGGCCUCACAGGGACUACCAGCUUCCUUUGAUUGGCGGAAUGUAGACGGAAUAAAUUACGUGAGCCCUGUACGGAAUCAGGCACAAUGUGGAAGUUGUUAUGCGUUUUCUACUAUGGGAAUGUUUGAAGCCCGUUCCCGUAUUCAGUCUAAUCGUUCUACUAGUUAUGUCCUCUCUACUCAAGAUAUUGUCAGCUGUUCUGAAUAUUCUCAAGGCUGUGAAGGAGGUAAACCUUACGUAGAAUUGAUUUAUUACAUGAAUAUUACAAUUUGAGUACACGGAGCAAAUAGACUGAAAAUGUUUGCUAACGGCAAUGAAAACAGUGCUUAAACGGUGUAGGUGAGUGCACAGGUGUUAUCGAAGCGUGUAUUUUUUUACAUUAUUAAUAAGUAAAUGGUUUCUCGUGCACUUUGGCAAAACGUGCACUCGUGAGUUUUUCAAAGACGUCAAAUUGCACUCCCCCUUCGGAGUCGUUCAAUUUUGAUCGUAUUUGGAAAACGCCUUCAUCUAUCUUUUUUUCCCAAUUGAACUUGAAACCAUACUAAUGGCGACGUACACUAAUCGCUCAGCAUAUCAAUAUAUAUACAUAUGCACAAUGUUUACUAUAAUUGCUAUGGUUAAAUUUGUUAGUUGGUUAAUUAGAGUUCAUUACUUAUCCUAAUUGAAACUUAUUUGGUUUGAUACUUACCAUUAGUUACACACGGACAGUUUUUUUGCAAGUUAGUAUCAUUAUAUUUACUAUGGUGAUUUUUAUUAUUUAGACACUCAUGCAGUUAGCUAGUUGGUUAUUUCGCUUAGUUCGAAGUUCAACAUAAUUCUGAAAACUUGGUCAAACCAAUCAUGGAUUUGACACAUGAUCGGACACUAGUUAUUUUUAACUCAAAAGAGAAAUGUUUUACAUGUGUGCAUUGCAUUAUAAAUAUUUUUCUUGUAUACGAAAUUUCAAUACAAAUGCAACAUGUUCAGUAAUAGCAUUUCACUCGAUCAAUACACUACACCUUGACAGGGGCGCACUCGAAAAUCACAAAAAGUCGGUCCCAGUUUUGAAUGAGACUCCAGCAAAUGUCGGUCCCGAAUCUCUUCUAUGAGAGUUGUUUAAUCCACAAGCCACAAAUGUCUGGUGUAGGCAUGAGCAUUUGUUCUUCCAAAUUCUUCAACUCAAUGCCAGAAAGUGUAGGAAAUAGCAUUUCCGAGCGUCAAUUUUUUCCGGGGGUGCAUGCCCCAGGAUCCCCUAGUUUUCACCGUUCCUAUUAUGCUACUCUGUUACGUGCCACGUUUGCACUUGGCUGAAAGUCUUAACUAUAUGGUUCCCAACUUAGCUGGAACUGAUUAGCCUCCCCAAAAUAAAACCUGUUCCGUUGCCACUGGUUUUAGAGUAUAUAUAUAUAUAUAUAUAUAUAUAUAUAUAUAUAUAUAUAUAUAUAUAUAUAUAUAUAUAUAUAUAUAUAUAUAUAUAUAUAUAUAUAUAUAUAAUAUAUAUAUAUUCCACUGUUCGCCCGAAGAGCAUAUGUAUACUAUCAUUUUUAUACAGUAAAAUAGUUGUUCUAAAAAAUUGUGUUCGAAAAUUUUUGUUUAUUUCGUCAUUCCGCUGAUAUGGCGAUUUCUUUGACGACUGCAUGCAAUAUAUUUCUGAAUUGUUUAUUGUUUGAGUGAAUUGCUCUUUAUUUUUAAAAUAUCCAAAAUUUAAGAAAAGCCGAACACCAUUUUGAAACUGACGUAUUUAGCUAUGUCCUGUGUAAAUUUGAGAAAAAUCGGUUAAAACUCGCAGGAGCACAACUCAUUUGAAAAUCCGUAAUUACCGUAAAAUUUUACGGGAGAAAAUUGAAUUUGAAUAUCUACAUUUUCAAUUUUUUUCUUAUUGCAGCGAAAUGUAUUUUAUUAAAUAACUCUGCGAGUUUUCAACAUUUUUCGUUCAAACUUGGUCAGAUAGUAGAACUAGUCUAAUGCUUUCAUUGAAACCAAUAAAAAAAUUUUAGGCAAAAUUAACACUCAAAGGUGUUCUGUAACCUUAAGCAAAGAUAGAUUGAUGGACAAACUACAACACUGCAUCCGAUACUUUGACAUAAUCUGAAAUUGUGUGGACGUUCUGUCGUAACUCUGCAUGUGCGAGAUUUUGUGGGAUUCAAUCGCAUUCUUCCUGUGGCUCUAUUUAAUUCUAUUAAGCAAAUUAUAAAUUGAUAUAAAAACAAUUAAUAUAAUACAUAAUAUUAUAAUAAUACAUGACCAGUUGACAUGCAUUAACCGUAUUUUACAUGACUUUAUAAAAUACUUUCGUUUUGCUGGAGGACCGUCCCUAGAACUGGAAGGCGUGUGACCGGUAUUAGGUUCUACACCAGCAAUAAGUAACAUCAAACAUAUAAAUAUAAACAGCUUUCCAAAAUAUUUGUAAAAAGCCAUUUUUAUGGGCAUUCCUUGGAAACGUGCACCCCAGCACGAACAGUAAAGACAAAUACGUAACCUGUACAGUUGCAAAUCAAUUCCCAUAUUUGGCCAUAUUUAUUGUAAUUGCAAAACCUGUUUUCACCACUCCGUUGUUCUUUAAAUGUUGAUAUAAUGAAGUAUUCCCAAAUCGAGCUCUAAAACCACUGUCAUUCGUAAAUUGUGUUUAUAAAAUUAUGCAAAAUUAUGCAGACAAUUAACGCUCCAAACCUCUGAUGGUAUUAAUUUAUCUUUUGACAGGAACAACGUCGUACCAGAUAAACCUCUGAUAGAGAAGUAUCUCUUUCCAAACCCACACACGGAACUGCUAAAGUACUACAACAAAACUACUCAAGUACUAUUUGAAGAUUAUGACGAUUUUCCUACUCCUUCCGAAUUAAAAAAUUAUGUUGUUGUUGAAAGAAAGUGGCAAUUUGAAUUGACGACACAACUGGAAAAAUAUAGCGAUUCUGUUGAAGCCACAAUUACGAAGGAAAGCAGCGGUUUCUCUCAGAGAACAGCGAAUUAUUGAAAGGUUCCAGCCCACCUUUCUUCCAUAGACUUACAGAAAAGUAAAUGCACGCUACAAGACCAGGAGAAAUGUAAUGCAAACGGAGAUAAACUUGAAAUAAUAGAUAUAAUCAGUAUGAGACAAGAGUGCUAUAUAAUGAAGAUAUGACCCUCAGACCUGGGGGUGAGGCUAAAUUAAUUUUUGCUGACAGCAGUAUGCAUGAAAAGCUUUCUUGUGUUCUUGCAGUUGUCAAAAAGGCCCUCAGUUAUGUUGAUGAGGUGUACAAAGUUAUUAAUGAACAUGUUGGCUUAAGUGGCUUAAGUGGUAAAGGACAUCGCAGUGAAAGGAAAUAA